AUGGCUGAAGAUGGAAUCUUCCAAAGUGAGGAAAUCCAGGGAGCAACAAAGAGGCUCCUGCUGAAAAUAAAAAACGAAAAAAAAAAUGAAGAAAUAAUAAAAAAAACAAUUGAAGAGUAUAAACAAACGAUAGAAGUAAUAUCCACACUAACGAAAAAACUUAAUUACAGAAUUAUUAUCCCAUAUUCCAAAGUAGCUUUCUAUGAAGGAGAAAUAAAAUAUACAAAUAAUAUAUACCAGGACAUCGGCUGCAACACAUAUUGUGAAAGGACAACAGAAAAAGCCAAAGACUUUUUAGAAAGAAAAUUAAAAUUUUAUCAAGACAAGUAUAACAUUGUACAUGAGUCAUUAAAUAAAUUGACGAAAGAAUUGGAGCUUUCAUUGGAACUUAAUUUUCAUUCAAAUUGUGAGAAAGAGGUUGCACAUGAAGAGGGAGAUGGGAACAACGUGUUUGUGCGUCCUGAUGGUUUUCUAGAAAUUAGGGAAGAGUAUCACGAGAGUGAUGAGGAGGGGAGUUUGGACCGAGGGGAAAAACAAAAGGAACACCUCAAAAGUGGAGUUAAAAAGGAAGGGGAAGUGCAAAAGAGAGAGCACCGUGGUGAUGGGAAUAACGAUGGUGGGCAUCACAGUGGUAUACCCUACCCGAACACAGAACGAAGUGGAAGAGACAAUCCUGUCCUGAAGGGUAUUGCUACAGAGGGGCGAACAAUUUUGCCAAGGCAUCUAACAGAAAAGAGACCGCCUUUACAGGAGGAAAUCCAGGAAGGUUCUGUCAACAUGGGGCGUAAUUCGACCAAGGGCACCCCUUUAAAUGUGAACAAACAGGGGCUUUUAAAUAUAAAGGAAAACUACAGCAGUAGCAGUGACAGUGGUAGCGAUUGUGAGCAGUGA